AUGGCCGAUAUUCCUUCUACAACAAAGACACUCUCUUCGAAACCCCCACUUGAAUCAAUCCUCAAUACCUACGACUUCGAAAAAGUCGCCUCCCAAGAACUAAGCCGUAAGACGUGGGCAUUUUAUUCAUCCGCAGCUACGGACAUGAUCACACGAGAUGCCAACAAAGCCAUCUAUGAUCGUAUCCUGCUCCGGCCAAGAGUCCUCCGGAAUGUCAAUAAGGUCAACACUCGGACUACCAUUCUCGGAUGCGAGACCGGUCUACCGUUAUUUGUCAGUCCCGCAGCCAUGGCGAAGAUGGUUCAUCCCGACGGCGAACUGGCGAUCGCAAGGGGUUGUGCGAAAUACGGCGUUGGCCAAUGUAUUUCUACGAAUGCAUCAUAUACAGUGUCUGAUAUCACGGCCUGCGCGCCUGGUCACCCUUUCUUUUUCCAGUUAUAUAUCAAUCGGGACCGUGCUGCAUCAGAGCAGCUUCUUCGGCAAGUUGAAAAGAGUGGGAUUAAGGCUGUUUUUCUCACUGUUGAUGCCCCGGUUGCAGGGAAACGGGAAGCGGAUGAGCGUGUCGGGGCUGACGCCUCGGAGAUUAUAUAUACAGCACCUAUGACCGGGGCACAAGGUGUUGGUGAUGCAAAAGGCAGUGCGCUUGGCAGGACGAUGGGAAGAUAUAUUGAUGCUAGCUUCACAUGGGAGGAUUUGAAGUGGCUUCGACAGUCAACGUCCCUGCCUAUCGUGUUGAAGGGCAUUCAGACGGCCGAGGAUGCCUUGAUGGCAAUGGAACACGGAGUCGACGGGAUCGUUGUGAGCAAUCACGGUGGGAGAAGCGUAGACACGUCGACGUCAUCGAUAGCGGUAUUGAUGGAAAUCCGUCAAUGCUGUCCCCAAGUAUUUGAGCAUCUCGAAGUCUAUGUCGAUGGUGGGAUCCGUCGCGGGACUGAUAUUUUUAAAGCUAUCUGCUUGGGAGCUAAAGCCGUAGGAAUGGGAAGGCAGUUCUUGUACAGCCUCACAUAUGGACAAGAAGGUGUGGAGCGCUUAAUUGAGAUCAUGAAAGACGAACUUGAGACCACGAUGAAGCUGUUGGGCAUUACAGACCUCUCGCAGGCACAUCCCGGACUCCUUAACACUCUAGAUGUGGAUCAUUUGAUCCCGAAGAGACUUGGGGAAACGUAUAGCGGCCCGGUAGUCAAGGCAAGACUGUGA